UUAGCGCCUCAACUUCCGGGUCAAGUUUGUUUGCUGGUAUGAGUCGACUGGAGGUCAUGUAAUAAAGUCUUUCGUUUGAGUAGUUAACUCCACAAUCCGUGUGUAUAAAUCCCAUGGCUACUGCAAUCACACUAUUGUUAAUCUAAUAACACCGUGUUUAUAUAAGAAGCCAUGUCGCAAGCAUCGUCUGGAUUCAACCCGGCUGCGCAAAUACCACAUGGGUCUGGCAAGGGUCCUGUAGGGGCUGCUUAUGUUCCUACUGAAGAUGAGAGGCGUGUCUUUAAAGAAUGUAAUUCAGAAAGCUUCUUUUACAGAUCCUUGCCCUUUUCUGCAAUUGCGAUGGCAGUCACUCAGGCAAUGGUAUCUAGAGGGAUCCUUGCUCCAUCGCCCCGAUUUGGCUCCAUUCCCAAAGUUGCCAUUGCUGGCAUAUUUGGAUACAUCGGUGGGAAGAUGUCCUACAUGAGGGUCUGUCAAGAAAAGUUUAUGAAAUUAGAGAACUCCCCUCUAGGAGAGGCACUGCGACAGGGACGUCUGCGUCACGUGCCUUCUGAGUUUAACCAAUCAGAGUUUCCAAACCCAGCAGCUCAACAGCCUGGUUCCGAGUCUUUGUUUCAACCUCCGACAGACCACAGCUCUGUGUCUGAGGGAUACAGCAGUUACACGAGCGAUUAUACCUACAGCCACCCCUCCCAAUCAUACGAACCCUCACCCUUAAGUUCUGGAUUUAGCGAUUCUGGUCCUGUGGUGUUUCGGGAUGACCAACCCCCUCAAGCUCCGCUCUAUAUAGAUGACGACAUGCCCAAGAAGAAGCCUGUGUUGUAUGAGGACCUGCGCAAUAAAAACAGAGAGAACUAUGAGGUCACUCUCACACAGAAAGCCGAAACCCUGAUGAAACCGCAAGCAGAAGUAGCAGCAUCUAAAAAGGAUGUUAAAAAGAACAAGUACGGAGAUGCUUGGGAUGAAUGAGAAUGAUCAACCUGUAAACCUUGUUGAAAACUCCUGUUGUUUUAUGCCUAAACCGCCAGAUCAGGCAGAAAGCCUCCAAUUCACACUGCAAAUGAAUGUACCUUUUAGGGGGAAAUCUCAGUUGUGGAAAUGAAUGCAAAUUUGUUUGCAACUUUAUUUGGAAUUGAUUGCAUAAAUGGUAUGAAAACAAAUCUUUAUCCAGUUUGCUUCUUGCUGUAAGUGGAUUUAAGCUCUAUUAAUAUCAGUGUUUUUUAU